AUGGCAAAACUCACUGAUGAUGCCGACUAUGAUGCCGGCGAAACGUUUAAGAAUGCAUGUCGAUUUGGGCGUGUCCAGCAUUUGGAGCACUUGAUCUCCUAUGGAGCAGAUAUCAACAGCCAGACGACGAAGAAUGGUAACACUCCUCUCCACAUCUGCUCGUAUGCCGGCCAAGAGGCAUGCACUCGUCUGCUACUUUUCCGCGGCGCCAACCGGCGCCUUGUUAACCGCGCCGGACACACAGCAUAUCAACAGGCUGUGCUUUCGCAACAUCACGAUCUAGCCAAUGUCAUUCAAGAAUUCAAGGAAGAAGACAUCGGUGAAUUGUCUUUUAAAGUGUAUCCAGGCCCAAUUUGCAACUGUCCCCCCCCCAAUUACACUAGCUUUGACUCAUAA